CGCAGUGGUAGGGCGACGUUCGGUGAUGCAGAAUGAGAGCGAGGGAGAGAGAAGGAGAGAGAGGAUAGAGGGAAGGCGGUAAAAGAAGGAAAGGAAGGAGGAGUGGGGAGGUAGCGGCAGCAGCGCCUUGGCGCGCGAGCUACCAUAGAACUCGAAACUCUCGAAUUCCAAGCGACAGAAGAGUGCCGGCUCUCGCACGAAGCGGGCAUGGAUAUAGCUUGAGAGUGAAUUCAAGAAGAUAAGCAUAGAAAAGUAGUAAAUGGUGUAUCAGUGAGCAUGAGAGGGAUGCACGAGAACGAUCCGUGGACCAAUGAGUCACUCACCAACGUCUUUAUCCAAAGAUAAAGUACUUACGAUUGGUGUUAGCGAUUGAAUCCACGUCGUCGUCCUCGUCAUCGACGUUCUUGUGAUUUCGGUUUUCGGUUUCGGUUUCGUUCCGUUUUCAUUUUCGCCGCGUUUUCGUAAUACCUUGGUGUUUCUCACGGCUUCCAAAGUGUGUUGGUGCAUCGAGAAAGGAAAGGGAGAUAUAGAGACGAUAGUCGCGAGUGAUACUUUCGACGGCCGCGGCCGCGGAGGGGAUGGAUUGUAGCGGCACGGCGAAGGUCAUAGUAAAAAGUGAAGCGACAUCGUGACAACCGAUGAUCCAGCCAAGGGAUCGCACUCGUCGAACCGUGCGAUCGUUCCUCAAGGAGUCCCGCUUCGAGAUGAUCGACAGAAAGUAAACCUUAAGCAUAGAACGCGCGCAAAGUCGGGACGGAGUCGAAGACACGACGCGUCACAAAAGUUCCGAGACGCUCGAUGUUACUGUCGCUUCUACGAUUCGUCGAAUUCCUCGUGAUAACUUUGGGAAGAGAAAAAUGACGAUGCCGUACGCGGCGAAUCGGCAGAAGUCGCAGAAGCCAAUGUGCUUCACGUUGAUCCGGACAUUUAUGAUUCGUUUAGGUGCGAUCAUAUGAUAAAUGUAGAACACGUUGUAUCCCAUUCUUUUUCUUUUUUAUUUCUUCUUUUUUUCCGUUCUACCGCCACCUCCCGAUCAUCGAGAUAAGAGGCAAUAUAAAAGCUAUGCUUUCGAUUCGAUUCUCUCGAACGCGUUAUUUCUGUGAUGUGCCGUAUGUGAAAAAGCUAGCGCUCCUCGACGACGAUCGUAAUAGUAGGUGAAAAAUAGACUAAAAACUAAUAGACUGAGAUAGAAAAAGGGUCGGAUAUAAAAUUGAACGAUAAUCGCGGUGGAAGUGAUAGAGAAGAGAUAUAGAUCAGCCUUCGCGGUUCGAGCGCGAUCGCGCGCGUCCCCUAUGCGGACCUUCUCCGCGCGUUAAUUCGUCCGUCCGUCCGUCCGUUUCUUCGUCCGUUCGUUCGUCCGUUCGUUCGUUCGUUCGUUCGUUCGUUCGUUCGUUCGUUCGUUCGUUCGUUCGUCCGUAGAGCAAAGACUUUCCAACGUAGAGAGACGUAGGUAAACGAAGACAGAUGGACCGACGGCAGGAACGGGAAUAAUACGCGAGAGAAGAAAACCAUAAUAUGAGUGAGAUGACGAGCGUGGAAAAGCAACAAGAGCACCAACAGCAGCAGCAGCAAUACGUUGGUGGCAGUUCCAAUUCGGAAUAUCACUGCAAAGAUUGCGACUUGUAUUUUGAGAGCGAUAAGAGUCUCAGGGUGCAUUUGUGUUAUCAUCAAGAAAAUCUAUCUACGCGUUGGACAAAUCAAGCGCAACAAGAGGAGAGUAAUAACAACAAUAGUAAGGCUGGAAAUCAUAACAGUGGCGGUAGUCACGCGAAUGUUAAACGCGAGAGCGUAACGGCACCGGCGGACUCGUGCGAGUCUUCUUCGACAUCGCCUUCUCAGGAACCAUCUUCUUCGCAUCACCAGCAUCAAGAGCAACAGCAGCAGCAGCAGCAGCAGCAGCCGCCGCCGCAGCCGCCGCCGCAGCCGCCGCCGCCGCCGCCGCCGCAGCCGCAGCAGCAGCAACAGCAGCAGCAAGAGCAACAACAACAAACGAGUCAAAGUUAUAAUCAUUUUCAUACACCAAUGUACAGCGAAACAAGUUACUUUAUACAAAACGACUCGGCCUAUCUCCUCUCCCAUCAUUAUUCAUCGUCUCAAGACGACGUUUCGAACAAUGUCGGCGUUACUGGUGGUGGCGGAUAUUCGCGUUACCAUCCGUAUCAACAUCAACAACAUUUUCCAACGGAGCGUACCUGCUCGAUCAGCUCGACGAGCCCGCAAAGUCCGCCGCUUCAGUGCGACAAAUGCGGUGCCGUUUACGAGGAUGCGAAUCAACUCGGCGAACACGUUCGAACGAGUCAUUCGACCUCGCCUAAUGUUUAUCCGGGUCAACCGCAGUAUCAACAAUUAGGUGGCAGUCCUCAACAACAAAAUCAGCCGCAGUUGCAUCCGUCUCCUACUCAACCGAGUCAACAACCGCAGCAACAGCAACAGCAUGGUUACGAGUAUAAUGGCGGACAAGCGAUGAAAUCGUCGGAAGUGAAACAAGAACCGGAGGAACAGGCCGAGAUCCUCGAUCUGGACUCCCACAAGGUUCAGACUCACAGAUACGAGGAAGAAUUGAUGAGGCUUCAUCAUCAUCAACAGCAUCAACAAGACUUACAGAUGCAGAUCCAUCAGCAGCAAGUACUCCAACAUCAACAACAGAGGAGCGGAUCGCUUCCGGUGGGUUCUAUGUUGGGUUGGCCACCGGGCGGUCAACCGCACGAGUACCAUCCGGGUCUUCCAUCUAUGGGAGGUAUGGACAACGUUUCGCCAAUAUCCGAUCAGGGACAGUUCAUCCGCGGCCAACACAUGUCCGUAGUGGAGUCAUCCCGACAUCCUGGCUCUCCCAUUAUCACCAGCACGCAAACGAUGCCUACGCAUCAAUUGCCAGCGACUCUAUUGCAACAACCACCAAAAGCUCCGCCAUUGGCCAAUCAAUCGUGGAAGAGUAACGAGGCACGACGGCCAAAAACUUACAACUGCACCGCGUGCAACAAGUGGUUCACCAGUUCGGGCCAUUUGAAAAGACACUAUAAUACUACCCUUCAUAAGAACGCCGUGAAACAAAGCAAUCAACCGGAUCCGGCGAAUCUACCGAUAAGCGCGCACCAUCAUCCUGGCAGGGAUAACGGUGUCGGACACGGACACGGUCAUGGAAGUGUCAGAGGUACCGGCCCGUCGAGGUCGUCGCCAGAGUUAUCAUCCUCUGCCAGUCCCCCAAACUUGAUUGCAGGUCCCUCGGGCGAGGCGGCGAGGGGCCUGCUGCACACGCCCACCACCACCACCACCACCACCACCAGCACUCUCUACAACAACAACAACAAUUCCAGCAACAGCAGCAACAGCAGCAACGAAUCUUCGGUGGUAGUUCUUGCUCAACAACAGCAGCAACAGCAGCCACAGGGUUCAAUGGUUCUCUUGGGCUCCACAAUGUUGCCUCUCAAUUCCCCGGGUCAGUCGCCAAUGGCGGCGCAUCAUCAACAAAUGGGCUCAUCGCCGCCACAAUUGGUUCAACAUCAUCACCGGCACCAACAUCAACAGCAACAGCAGCAGCAUCAUCAGCAACAGCAACAGCAGCAACAACAGUUGCACAUACCAAUGGAUUCGCCAUCGGGCCAAAUCCACAUACAUCAUCCCAUGAAUUCUCCUAUCUCGGUAAUGCAACCGCACCCGGGGCCCCAUCUGAGUUCGCCUUCGCAAAUGGGCUCGUCUCAUCCGCACCACCUGACUUCGCCUACAACGUCGGGCUCGGUUCAUCCAGCAAUGGUUUCGUCGCCCCCUGCGAUGGGGAAUACUACGACCCCUCAACAGGUUUACCCAAACGCUUUGCCCCCCCACGUUACAACUUCUACCAGCAUGGGCCUGCUGGAGUCUAUCACCAUCCAACUAACUACUACUGGUAAUUCGCUAUUGCCGAUUUCUUCGGCCGAGCAGCAGCAGCAGCAGCAGCAGCAGCAGCAGCAGCAGCAGCAGCAGCAGCAGCAACAACAACAACAGCAACAGCAGCAGCAGCAGCAGCAACAACAACAACAACAACAACAACUGCAACACCAGCAUCACCAUCUUCAUCAGCAGACCCAAGAUAUGUUACCCGGUUUUGGAACUUUUAGUAACCAUCAAAGAUCUUUGCCGAGCUUCACCCAAUUCGGCAUUUCCGGGUUCUUGGUAGGCCACGAUCAAGUACAGGCCGUUAACGUGGGGGGGCUAAGUCCGGAGGAGAAUCGAUCUCCUCAAGACAGAUCCUUCGAGUCUCCCGGAUCCAGUUAUGAUACCUAUAGAAAUUCAUCGCCGCGAUACGAGUCUUUGACGAAUAUGGAUAUGUCGACGAUGCAAGUAAAUACCGAUGGCAUGAUUGUUAAACAAUAUGAGAUCGAGAAUCAACAGCAACAUCAUCUCGUGCAACAAUUGCAACAACAAAUAGGUGAACAAGAACAACAACGGCAGCAAAUCCACGAAGCUAACAACAAUCUACCGCAACAUGUGCAGGCUAAGGAAGAACUCAAUCCGAACGUUGGCCUGCAACUCGAAGAAAAUCCAAAAGCGAAAAUUGCAGGCAUGCUCUUGAGCAAGGAGCAUCAGGUAACCAGCACAAACACGGGCUCGCAUUACAUCUCCCAGGAUGGUUUACAUAAGUGUAUCGAAUGCGACAAAGUUUUUAACAGAGCAUGCUACCUGACUCAGCAUAACAAGAGCUUCCACUCGGGUGAUAAACCAUUUAAAUGUAAUCAGUGCGGUAAAAGAUUCCCCCUCGAGUACCUGCAUGCGAAACACCUGCAGAAGCAUGCUGGCGACAAACCGUACAAGUGCGAGAUCUGUCCAAAGCAGUUCAACCACAAGACCGACCUCAGACGGCACAUGUGUCUCCACACGGGGGAAAAACCAUAUGCUUGUGAUAAUUGUGGAAAAGGUUUCAUCAGAAAAGAUCACAUGAUGAAACAUCUUGAAACGCAUAAAAAAAAAUCAAAUAAUCAGAAUGUCCUUUUGCGGGCGUGAUUAAAGUGGAUUUGCUGGCGUGGCUUCCGUCAGCGACAACGAGGACAACGACAACGGCAACGGCAACGGCGAUGGCAAUGGCAACGGCAACAACUACAAUUACAACGACGACGACG